AUGGGUGGUAGUUAUACGAUUUUCUUAAUACUAUUGUUCUGUUUUUAUAUUAAUGGCGAAAUUCUUAAGUUAAAACGUGAGAAGAGAGAAGCCAUAGCCAGCAAUGUGGACAUAACUGCUACACAAGGAUCUAUAUCCAGUCCUGGUUUUCAAGAUGGGGUGAACUAUCCUUUGAAUGUGGACAAGACGUGGACUCUUCACCUACCCAAAGAUUCAGCAUAUUCUGUCACUCUGAAUAUAACGUUUAUGGACAUUGAAGAAGAAGCGAAAUGCGAAUGGGAUUUUUUGGAAUUCGAUAAAGAUUACUCUCAGAGACUAUGUGGCAGUAGAACUGGUGUAUAUACAGUUGAAUCAGCAUAUAAGGAAACCAAGAUAAGAUUUGUAUCAGAUUUUUAUAUGGCGAAAAGAGGUUUUACAGCUUAUUAUUCUAUUGAAAGAUUAGCUAAUCCAUGUGAUAAAUCCCAGUGUGUUAACAAUGGUUCAUGUUCCAGAUUGUCUAAUUCAGAUUAUAAAUGUAUUUGUUCCAAACAUUAUACUGGUAAAUAUUGCCAAGAAUUCAAGAAGUCGGAAUGUGAAAGUUACCCUUGUCUUAUUUUCGAAGAUAAUUUUGAUUUUAUCAAUCACCAUGUUUGGGAACAUGAAAUAACUUUAGGCGGUGGUGGG